UUGACUCCUGUGUCGGGCAGUUGCCUCGCUCCGCCUACGCGGCUACAAGUACCACGCGCCCUAGCUGCUAGCUAACGACGAGCGCCAAGGGUAGUAAACCAGAGUGAGUACUGCCAACACCACGCUCGCACAUGUCGACCACGGAGGCGCUCCUCCCCGCCUCCGGCAGCGGCGGCGCCGGCGGCGGGGAGCGCUUGAGCAUCGACGACGCGCUGGCGCUGCACGCGGGGGAGUUCGGGCGGUGGCAGCUGUGGCACUUCCUGCUGGUGACGGCGGCGUGGACGCUGGAGGCGAUGCACACCAUGGUGAUGAUCUUCGCCGACCGCGAGCCGGCCAUGUGGUGCCCCGCGGGGGACGGGCGGUGCCGCGACCGCUGCGCCGGCGCCGCGGCCGGGUGGGAGUGGGAGCAGGGGAGCGGCUCGUCGACGGUGGCCGAGUGGGGCCUCGUCUGCGGCGAGCGCUACAAGGUCGGCCUCGUCCAGGCCUUGUUCUUCGCCGGCUGCAUGAUCGGCGCCGGCGUUUUUGGGCAUCUGUCAGACUCUUUUAUGGGUCGGAAGGGGACCCUACACAUGGUGUGCUUUCUCAAUGCCAUCUUCGGCCUCCUCACCGCGCUCUCCCCCAAUUAUUGGGUCUACAUGGCCUUGCGCCUUCUCACAGGAUUUAGCGCUGGAAGCGUUUGCCUUUGUGCCUUCGUCCUCGCCACGGAGCCGAUAGGCCCAUCCUAUCGUGGGGUCACCGGCAUGUCCACUUGCUACUUCUUCUCCGGAGGCAUCGCAGUCCUUGCCGGCAUAGCCGCGAUGUGCCAGUCAUCCUGGCGCUUGCUCUACGUCGUCACUUCCAUGCCAUCACUUGUCUUCGCGCUCGCCGUCAUGCCGUUCGUAUCCGAGUCCCCGCGUUGGUACCUCGUGCGGCGACGCACCGACGACGCAAUGCGGAUUCUACGAAACAUUGCAUCUACUAAUGGCAGAAGCAUCCCAGAUGGUGUCACGCUCAAGCUCGAUGAUGAAGAUGACCUCAACAAGAAGGUCGAGGAGUCGUCGUCGACGAUCUUGGAUGUGUUCCGAUCGCGAGCAACGCGGGGCAGGCUCGUGCUGUCGGUGAUCAUCAGCUUCCUUUGCUCCGCAGUGUACUUUGGGCUGAGCCUCAACGUGGUCAACCUAAAGCUUAACCUUUACAUCAGCGUGGUUGCUAACUGUCUCGCUGAGAUGCCCGGGUUCCUGCUUACUACAGUGCUCCUCCAACGUUUUGGCCGGAAACCACUCGCUAUUGGCUCGAUGAUUCUCAGCGGCAUUUUCUGCACAUCUGCCAGUCUUAUUGCCGGUGUCGGUGCCUUGAGGGUGGUGAGGAUGGCAUGCGGGAUGGUAGGAAUCUUUGGAAUGGCAGCGACAUACAGCCUGUUGGUCGUAUACACUGCAGAGUUGUUCCCAACAGCUGUACGUACCGCGGCGAUGGGAUGUACAGCACAGGCAUCGCAGAUGGGCGCCAUACUGGCGCCCUUGGUGGUUGUGCUUGGGGAGCAAGUGCCAUUCGCGGUGUUCGGCGUGUUUGGCAUCAUUGGUGGGCUGCUUGUGAUCUGCCUCCCAGAGACUAUGAACAAGCCCUUGUACGACACCAUGUUCGGGCUGGAGAAAGGGGAGAGGGCGCCUAUAAGUGAAGGAGGAGUUAUACCGGGGAACUCCGAAAUUUGACUAGUUUUUGUAAUUAUCGAGACUGAAAGAUGUUACCACGGAAAUGUUGCACACAAGAGCGAUUGGCACAUGCUUCAACGAAUUGUUAUUUGGCGUUGUGCUAAUGCAUAGCUUACUUUUUAAGAAUUCAGUUGAUUGUUCCUACAUGUAAUAUGUUUC